AUUUGGUAAAGAGGAAAGUGCAUCUUCACCAAACAUGGAUGAGAGACCCAAGAAUGAAGAUCUUGAGAAACUACAGAAAGACAGAGCAUUUAUUGAAGAAGUGCUGGUGAGAACUUCAAAAGAUAUGGAAAUGGAAAAUAGUUUCUGGACGCUUUUUUCAGUGGUGGUCAACAAACAUAAAAUGGACAGAGAUGAAGAAGAACUAGUGGAGCGGUGGCCCGUGGUGCGGAAGCAGCUGCGCGAGCUGCGCGCCGAGCUGCGCCAGGCGACGGAGAUGCUAGGCCCGCAGGCGCUCUCCCGCGCACUCGUGUCCCUGCGCCAACAGGUAGGACUCCUUUGGGAAAAGACCCUUACACGCCCGGGACAUGUGACUGCAGAGUAAGCACCACCAUACGGACGAAUGGGGAGACACGCUGAUGCUGCUGGCGGCCGAGGACCGCUAUGUGGACAACUGGGAGGCGGCGCGGCGCGCGCAGCAGGCGACGCGCAACAACAUCCAGGAGCGCGGCCUGAAGCAGUCCAUCGACCUGGCCACCCUGCGCGUCACCAUCGAGACGCGGGCGGCGCACCAGGCACGCUUGCCGC